AUGAAGGACUCCCUCAUCUCCAAGCUAUACGCGCGAGAGCUAUCGCCAGGAUUGGGACGGACAUCACGAAGCUACCGCCCGCUCUACAGCAGUCGCAAUCUGAUUGAUGAGCUGGACAUCACCCACGAGCUGGGUGGCCACUCCGGGUGUGUAAAUGCUCUGGCAUGGUCCAAGGGAGGCGAUUUGCUGGCGAGUGGCAGUGACGAUCAGCAUCUGAACAUCCACCGAUACCAACCCAACGACGAUUCCCGUCAGUUCCAGCUAAGCGCCACCGUUGCCACGGGACACACUCAAAACAUAUUCAGCGUGAAGUUCAUGCCUCACAGCAAUGACAGUGUGGUGAUCACUGCUGCUGGCGAUGGAGAAGUGCGGGUCUUUGAUAUCAAUCACAUGGGACAGGCUACGGAGGCUUCUCGUGCUUCGCGGAUGGCAUCAGAAGGCAGAAGGAGGGGAAGGGACAGUUUAUACAACGGUGUGCGCUAUCUCACCGACGGCAACACCAACUGUAGGGUAUACCGAAGUCAUGGAGACCGGGUCAAGAGGAUUGUCACAGAAAGCUCGCCACAUCUUUUCUUGACCUGCUCCGAGGACGGCGAAGUGCGGCAGUGGGAUAUGCGGCAGCCUUCUUCUGCAUAUCCAAGACCUCGAGGUGGCCGCUUCACCACUCAGGAGGUGUCUUUGCCGCCACCACUCAUAUCAUACAAGCGUUACGGGUUGGAUCUCAAUACAAUUUCUUGUUCCGCCAGCCAACCACAUUAUAUCGCACUGGGCGGCUCCCAUCUCCACGCGUUUCUACAUGACCGACGUAUGACUGGAAGAGAUCUGCUGAAAGAGGCGGGCCGACCGUUGUCACCUAUCGAUCAGAUGUCUCCUGAAGAACAGGAUUUGCUAAGCCAGGCCACUCAAUGCGUGAGGAAGUUUGCUCCGAAAGGCCAGCAGAAGAUGAAGCGUUCUGAGAAUGGACACAUUACUGCACUGAAGAUUAGUGAUGCCAGACCUGAUGAGAUGAUUGUGAGCUGGAGCGGAGACCACAUCUACUCCUUUGAUCUUGUGCGUGACAAUCCAGCAAAGAAGGACGAGACUGUGGCCGUGGAUCAACGUCGCAAGCGGAAACGACAAGCGAAUGGCAGUGAAGGUGCCCGCACACGACAAGAUGCACUGCGCAUUCGUUAUCAGAACGGCCAGAGCGAAGACAUUCCGCUGUCUUCAAAUGCAUCCGAACAGCAAUCACUCUCAUCCCGGCAGAGGGACGCCCAGCGGACUGCAAAGGUAGUGAUCAAGAUUCGUGCUUCGAUGUUCGGAUCAGACGAAAGCGCCUCAGAUCCCACAGCGCGCUUCACCACAUGUAUAGGGCAAGCUGCAAGUAUUCUAUCAGACAUGGAUCAACUCAUGCGCGAUUGGGGAUACCCGCUGGAUCCCGAUCCGGAGCAGGUGUAUGUUCAACAAACGCUUCGACGGAAUCGCGAGAGCUGUCGCAGGUUCGUACAAGCCGCUGGCACACUUUCAAGGGUGCUUGGAGGGAGGAUACAAACGCCGUCUCCUUCUGGUACGAGUCCGAUGAUGGCACAAUUCGCCGAGAUUGAAACCAGGAACAGCGAUCUUGAACUCACAGACAAGGAGCGCUUCGGCUACGACUUUAUCAAGGCGAUCCUUCUAUGGCUGGAAUCUGGAAUUGGGAGACUGAUUGAGGGUUUCACGCGGCCGGAGCAAUGUACGACGAAAAGUGGAUUGAGGCUGCCAAUACCAGAGGCCGAUGCAACAGUAGAGGCGAUUGAUGAGUACCUCAUCCCAUAUCUGCACAGUCUGGCAACCGAGGAGCCGAUUGUCAAUCUUGACAUCAAUCAAUUUGAAGUCGAUGCGAAUCAGGUCAUCUUCACCGAGCAAGAAGCAGUGCAGGCUUUUUCUGCAGCUGUCAAGAUACCUUUUGCGGAUCUCUCGGCGGGUAUUGUGGAGGCCGAGGGUGGUGGCUAUAUCACGACCCAGGAUCGGCAGACUGCUCAACGAUUCUGGGCGAGGAAAGUAGCGCGAGGAGUCCUCUUUCGUGUUGCAGGAGGUCUCAGCCAUGGUUUCGUGGACCGAGCUUUUGGUGGAUCGGGUAGGGAGACGCAGACUGGGGAAGAAAGACUUGGUCUUCUCGGCGAGCAGGAGGAGGAUGAGGAGGAAGAGCAGAUGUCAGGCGUGGAAAUUGUCGAUGCUGAUGGCCGUGUCGUGGACGGCGCUAAUGCGGAAGACAUUGCCUCCUUGGCUCAAGCAGUCGCCGAUGAUGAGGACGAGGAUGAUGACGAUGAGGUCGAUGAGGUCGACGAUCUCGACGAUGAGCAUGACGACGAAAUUCAUAUGGACGACGACAACGACGACGACGACGACGACGAAGAUGAUGAUAAUCAGUCCGACGACAGCUCUUCGCCUUCCGAAGAGGACGGCGUUCCCAACAUUGGACGUGGCCCCCGCUCCAUCUACGGCUCUGCCUUUUCACGUCGCAACCUUCGCUCUCAUGUAGAAGCAUCKACACCUUGCUCCGCUCCAACUCGGCAAUACCGUGGGCACUGCAACGUGCGGACGGUCAAAGACGUCAACUACUUUGGCCCGGAUGAUGAGUACGUCGUUUCGGGGUCGGAUGAUGGAAACUUCUUCAUCUGGGAUCGCAAGACAAGCGAGCUGGUGAAUGUGCUGGAAGGUGACGGAGAGGUUGUGAAUGUGAUUCAGGGUCAUCCUUAUGAGUGCAUGUUGGCUGUUUCUGGAAUUGACCAUACCAUCAAGAUCUUUGGGGCGGAUGCGAGGGCCAGGGAACGUGCGAGGCUGGGUCAAGGUACGGAAGCACACGACCCGGAAAGCUUUAGCUCAAUCGCGUGGCCAAUGAGGAUCGGAAGGCGGACUGUAAGGAGGAGGACGAGUGGAAGUGAGCCGACUGUAACGGCAGAAGAGCAAGCUGCCAUGGACGUUGACGAAGACGACGGCGAGGACUACGUCGCUCCCAACGGUCUCAGCAGUCGACGUCGCAUGCAUGAUUCAUACCGCAUCAUGCAGGCCAACAAUGUUGAGCGCGAGAGUGGAAGUGAAGAGGCGUACAUCAGUCGCGCCUUGUUUGCUCAGCUGAGUCUACGGAUUCGCGAGCAACGUCUUGCGAAUGGACUGCCAGUAGUGGGGCCUUUGGAUGGGAAUGUUAACGAGACGAGGGUUGUGCUGCAGGAUGACUGUCGAGUGCAGUAG